AUGGCAACAGUUAUUCAAGAUGUCAAAAAGGGAGAAAACCGUAUGAGAGUAGAAGCUGUAGCGUCCAAGUGCGUUGUGUUACAUUACAUGUGGACAAUAAAGCAGCUGAUUAGAGAACUAGGAACCAUGAAAAGUCCACAUAAACUAAUUGAUUUGUACGUCAACAUAAUCAGCAGAAACUUCACAAUCGCUGGGUUGUUGCAAAAUAUAAAUGUGAGUGAUGAGGCGGUCAUAAAAGAUGGGGAGAAAAGCAAAUCAAGCUCCAACAAGGCAUACAUACCAAAUGGGUACCAAACCAACGUGUAUAUUUGCAGGGAGAAACAGGUGAUGCGGAAGCGCACGCUGAGACCUACGGCGAAGGAAAGUGGCGACAGAAAGAGAAAAGACCCCUUUGAGCAAAAUUUUAAGGGUACAAAGAAUUUUCAAGGAAGCAAACCGAAAUAUUCAUUUGCACAUAAGAUUUGGAUCAAACCACUGAGAAAUAAGUUAUGUGUGAGUUUGAAGGCAUAUAAGACUGUGGAAGAAGAGCGAAGGUGGAAUAGUGAUAAAUUAAAAAGCAUUGACAUUUCAGAACAGAAUAGUACAGAAGAACUCUGUAGCACAAGUAACGAAAUACGUAAGAAGGGCAUGCUGAAGAGUAGGCAUGUUUAA